AUGUCUUCCCCAGGAGAAGAAGUUGACAGACAGCUGUGUAGAGAUGCCAUCUUCCCCAUCCCUGUGGCCUGUUAUGCCCCAUGCCCAAAGGACUGUGUGCUCAGCAUGUGGUCUGCGUGGUCCUCCUGCUCACACACCUGCUCGGGGAAAACCACAGAAGGGAAACAGAUACGAGCACGAUCUAUUCUGGCCUAUGCCGGUGAUGAAGGUGGAGUUCACUGUCCAAAUAGCAGUGCUCUACAAGAGGUACGCAGCUGUAAUGAGCAUCCCUGUACUGUGUACCACUGGCAGACUGGCCCCUGGGGCCAGUGCAUCGAGGACACUUCCGUAUCGUCCUUCAACACAACUACAACUUGGAAUGGGGAGGCCUCUUGCUCCGUGGGCAUGCAGACGAGAAAAGUCAUCUGUGUGCGGGUCAAUGUGGGCCAAGUGGGACCAAAAAAGUGUCCUGAAAGCCUUCGACCUGAAACAGUGAGACCCUGUCUGCUUCCUUGUAGGAAGGACUGUAUUGUGACACCAUAUAGUGACUGGACAUCGUGCCCCUCCUCAUGUAAAGAAGGGGACUCCGGAGUCAAGAAGCAGGCUAGGCACCGGGUCAUCAUUCAGCUGCCAGCCAAUGGAGGCAGGGACUGCACGGACCCGCUCUACGAAGAGAGAGCCUGUGAGGCCCCUCAAGUGUGCCAGAGCUACAGGUGGAAGACUCACAAAUGGCGCAGGUGCCAGUUAGUCCCUUGGAGUGUGCAACAGGACAGCCCUGGAGCCCAGGAGGGCUGUGGGCCCGGACGACAGGCAAGAGGUGAGAGGCCCCAUCCCACAGCCGAUCGAUUUGCUUUUCAUUCUUCAACGUCGCUAACUUAACCACU